AGCCACCAUUAAUUCGGGACCUGUGAGGCUUGACAGUACCGAGCUGAGCAAUGUCGCGAACUCUGGAUAACGUUCCCAGGAGCAGACAGACUCGGGCCUGACUGGAGUAUGGGCUUUCCAAAGCUCUCAGGCUAUGCGUACCUCUAGCGUUGGAGGAACGUAUAUAAGUUGAAGUAGUGACCAAGUGGUAAUUAACAUACACUCUUCCUUUCGACCAUCAACAAUAGAUACUUCCACCGAGAGGUUUGUCAUCCAGAAUCGAUAUGGCGCCCGCACUCCUUCACGUGGCAGCACUUGCUCUCCGCACCUCGACCAUCGUUCCUUCCUGCCCUGCGUUGCCUUCAUGCCCCCAGGACGACCAAUGCACAUUCAAUGCCAAUGACAAUAUCUUCCAAAUCAGCUGCGCUACUGACUUCUACGGAGGAGACCUUUUCUUAGCACAGACGUCUACGCUGGCCUCAUGUAUGAAAGCUUGCUCAAUGACAAGCAGCUGCGUUGCUGCGAGCUAUGUUAGUGGGAAUUGUUACAUGAAGCAAAUGCUGGGAGCUUCUCAACCGAACGCAAAUGUCAUCGGCGUUGCUCUUCUUGAGGCCGCGGCAUCGACUCCGUCAACUGAAUCUGCCCCUCCGAACUGUCCAGCUCAGUACACAUGUCCUGAGAACAAUGGCUGCGUCUUUCAGGGCUCUGAUAAUCGCGCUUUCAUCCUAGCCUGUAGCAAGGAUUUCUAUGGAGGCGACUUCCAGAGUCUCGGAGCAUCAAACUUCGAGGCCUGUGCACAGUCCUGUGCAGAUAAUGCGGACUGUAUCGCCGCGUCGUUCGUCGGUGGUAAAGGCUCCGGCGCUUGCUACCUAAAAAGCAGGAACAAUGGUGCGAGCACCAAUGACAAUGUAGAUGGGAUUUCACUUUACACCGGUACCAUCUCUUCAUCGUCGGCUGUGUCAUCGACAAGCGUUUCCUCCACCUCAGUACCUUCGAUUGCCUCUUCAACCCCCACGGUAUCAUCUACAGUAAUCACGCCCUCUCCAGUAACGACACUCUCGAGCUCGUCGUCCGUCACUUCAUCGUCCACAUCGUCCAACGCUACGACGACAACAUCAAGCUCUUGCAGUUCUCCGACUCCUAUUGCAUGCUUUAUGCUCACCGGUCACGGCCAGCCGGUAGUGGAAGGCCAGACACUUAACCAAAGGAGUUCCUACACGUCUCCGAAUUUCGGCAAUGCAGCACAAGACUACAUGCCCACUACAUAUGGCAUCUGGCCCGGCGGCUCCGUGAGCGUUGUUAGCACUAUCAACAAAGGAUGGUACAUGAAGUCAAGGGCUGGCGCUGAGGGUAUCUCUGAGGGACAGCCUGACUGGUUGAUGUUCUACCCAGAUCAGGUUACGGGAUGGUCGAGGAAUGUGUGUAAGAUGGACACGGCGACGAAAGGUCUUUCGUGUUGCAACGGCAAUCUGUGCAACAUGACGAUACCUUCGCCAUCAAGACUGAGUCCUUCUUGGGGACCGUACGGUCAAGGCCUACCGAUUAGGCUCACCUAUGAUCUAGUUACUUGUCCGUCCAUGUGCUAGUCAUCCUGAAUAGGGGGUGUGACAAGGGCACUGCAGUUACUUUCUUCGAGAUGUGAAUUAUUAGUCAUAGUAGUUGUAAUUCUCAAAAGAGAUUUGAAACACAAAAGACACAUUCCUCCUUGGGAACCACAUUGAAUGCUGGUCGGAAAUCUUCCAACGGCAUGAGUACACCCCCGUUCUUACGUUUUGUAUAGGG